AUGAUCAAGGAUGAGACUGGGCGAUGUGAAGAACAGCCGCACGAUCACCGUCGCGGUGGUCUAUCUGAGUCUCUUCCUGGAUAAUGUCCUGUUGACGGUAGUCGUGCCGAUUAUUCCCGAUUACCUGUGCACGCUCGACGCGAAUACGACCGCGAGCGCCGGCAAGGAGGAGGACGAAAACGGCAGGGUGGGAUUACUGUUGAGCUCGAAGGCUCUGGUCCAAUUAAUUUUGAAUCCGGCCGUGGGGACUCUCACCGGCAACCUGGGCUAUGUGAGACCCCUGUUCCUGGGAAAUCUCAGCCUGCUGCUGGCCGCUUUGCUUUUCGCCUUCGGCCAGACGUACGAAGUGCUGUUCUUAGCCCGGAGUAUUCAAGGUAUAGCGUCGGCGUGCAUAGCAGUCUCCGGCAUGUCCCUCGUCGCCUCCCAGUACCCCGAGGAGGACGAAAGAUCCAAGAUCAUGGGUUUCGUCCUGGGCAGCAUCGCGCUGGGCGUACUCCUGGGCUACCCUGUUGGAUCCGUGCUGUACGACCUCGAGGGUAAAAUGGCGCCUUUCCUCUUGGUGUCCGGCCUCGUCGUCAUCUUAAUUUGUCUGCAAAUCCUCGCACUGAACAUUCAGAGUGAAGCCAAGACGCAUCAGCCGAGCGACCAGCAGCAAAGCACUUGGACGCACUUGCUGUCUAACUCGCACAUCCUCAUCAUCUCCGGCGCGAUUUGGUGCUCGACGUCGCCGAUGGCGAUCCUGGAGCCAUGCUUGCCGAUUUGGCUUCGGACUCAUAUCAAGCCCAAGAAAUGGCAGCUGGGCACGGUCUUCAUACCGGACAGCGUGGGCUACCUGAUCGGAACCAACUUCUUCGGCGUGAUAGCGUACCGUUACGGUCGCAGCAAGGUGGCGAUCUUGGCGAUGUUCUUGCUCGGCGUGAGCGCCAUUCUGAUACCGUCGGCGAGCACGAUGUCGCAGCUGAUAUUCCCGCACCUCGGAAUGGGUCUGGGCAUCGGCGUCGCCGACGCAGCCCUGGUGCCGUUGCUGGCCAGUCUGGUGGACCGGAACGGUAACUACGGGCCCGUUUACUCGAUCCAACAAGUGGCCGUCAGCCUGGCUUAUUCCUUGGGACCCAUCAUGGGCGGCGAAAUGGUCAGAGCCAUCGGCUUUCCAUGGGUCAUGCGAAUUGUGGGCAUCGUGAACAUAGCUUACUGCCCGUUGUUGAUAUAUCUCACGUUGGAACGGAAGAAACUGUUGACCGAGACGGAGGAGAAGAAGAAGGACUACGACACGUUCCAGAAAGCCAGCGCGCCGUAUGAGAGAUUUCACGAUUCCGACGACGAUCUCUGACGGUAAACAACAAUCGCGACCCGACGACCUCGGCAAACUCGAGGGGACUAAUUGCGAACUCCAAGUCAGGCGUUUUUCCGUGCGUGUUAACAUUCUUCUCCUUCAAACUUGAAAGUAGGCCACUGAGACGAAGUAUAAUGCGAUAUCUCCUGAUGAAAUCAUGUACAAAUUCAAAAGAGAGAAAGAGAGAGAGAGAGGGGGGGAGAGAGAGAGAGAAAGAGAAACGAGCCUCCGCAGACACAAAUGGUGAUGAAAUCUGUCAAAUCGUCAGCUCCCACAUAGUAAAAGACUCCCGAAGAUUUCUCAUCAAAGGUCACAGAUGUGAAAUAUAUACGUCAACAAUAUCCACGAUUAAUAUCCGUGAGAGCUUGUCUCUGUUGCGCAAAGUACACGAUGCAAGCACGGAUUCGACGAGCACUCGUCGAAAAUUGCGAUCCACGCUGAUGAGAAAACACGAGCGACUAUCGCAGCAUUGACGUCGCGGACUCUCUCAUCCCUCCGUGACGGCGCGGUCUGAUGAAUAUCGUUAAGUCCGCUUUUGCACACCUCGAAAUAGCAUCCAGUAGUGUUAUUGUGUCCCCGAUUAAGCGGGCGGCAGCAGAUCCUCGUCUCGUAGCUGGUAACCAAGUGAAUUAUUGGCUGAACAGCAUCCCCGAGGCUGUCAUCCGUGGCACCACGACGACGUUCGUCGGAUCGGGGAGCGCAGGCAUUCGCUGAAUUCGAGAGCGGUGCUGGACAAGGAAACACGCGACGCUACGCUCUCGACAGCGGGGAACGCGGCGAUCGAUCGGCCGGUCGCGCGAUCGAUCGGCCGGUCGCUCGGCCGACCGCUCGGCCGCCCGACGCGGCUCCCUGAAAGCUCAUUAAUGCACUCAAUCUACGAGGUGAAAUUCGUUUACGUUGCAUUAACGCUCCUGGUGCAUGCCGCAAGUUGCAUUGACUCGUCAUUAGUUUACGUACGAUCGUCGCGCCGUACUCGAGCAGCGAGUGUCCUGCGAGCAAGCGACUGCUCGCUGGGCUGCAGCUUGAGGAGCCAGACGAGCGGGAUCUCGCAAGCGCGAGGAAGGAACGUUCGUUCGCACGCCAAAGGUGUGAACGGAAGAGAACUGUUGCUCCAGCAAGUCGCGAGUCGCGAGCUGAAUAAAUUCCGAAGAGAUCUGUCUUGUCAAAAUUUUGAAAAAAAUUCUUUUCUCGAAUUACUAACCCCAGAGGAGAAAUUAUCGUUAAACGCGAGAAACUUGUGAAGUACUCAUUGUUCGACACUUAUUUCUAUCUAAUUCUAUCUAAUUCUAUCUAAAGCCUAUUCAGCGGAUUGAAACUAUGAAACCAAUCAACAGACGCCUCGAUAUUUAUCGAUCUUGAAGCAGAAACCCAUUAACCCAAAACUCAUAUGCCCAAAAUACAAAAACAUCAAAUAUAGACCGGUUGGUUAAGCACAAAACCGAAUACGCUCAGCAAACAGCAAAACUGUAUGUCGAUGCAUAUUAUUGGUACUAUAUUGCCUUCAUCUGUUCAUACUAUUCUCUUUCAUGGUGCAAAAAUAAUCGAUCAUUUUCUUCUUAUACCUAUAGGAACAUUGUCAGAAGAAGCACAAGAAUCGCGCAACAAAGACGUGAAAAACAUUCGACAAUUUCAUACGCGUAAAUGUGGAAGAGUAGAGGCAAAUACGGAUUUGAUACACAAACUCCUCAUUGAAAUUCUGAGUUUUCUAAAAGGUGAUUAUAAGUUCUGGGGUCUCGCAUUUAGUAUCCAUAGGCUCGAACCCAAGAUACUGUACUUUAA